AUGAUUCAUCUCAAUUGUUUUGUUAUUGUCAUCACUCUUGUUUCAUGGAAUAUUUUCAGUAUUCAUGGAGAGAACAAACGCUAUGAUACACCCACUAAUCCUGCUGCUCCUGAUGGAGGAGCAUCUAGUGGAGCUGCUGUAGCUGUGGCCGCUAACCUUGCCGACUUCUCCUUAGGUAUUGAUACUGAUGGUGGCAUUAGGGUCCCAGCUGCAUGUUGCGGUGUACUAGGAUUUCGACCUUCACAUAGGGCUGUGUCUCACACUGGAAUAAUUCCUGUUUCAUCAAGUUCAGACACUGCUGCUAAUCGAACAGCUCAAGUAGUGAUCAAGUCAGUGGAGAAAUUAUUUGGAAGACAAAUUUUGAAGCAUGAAAUUGUUGGUGAUUAUAUAUAUUCCAAAGUUCCAAGCCUAAGAGCAAUGUAUACCAAAGCAUCAAAUGGUGAAGUCAAAUCAUCAUCACUGAGGUUGCUAGCAAAUGCAAUGCAGAAAAUUAAAAGGCUUGAGUUCCAACUUAAUCAUCAGGAAUGGAUUAGCUCAGUGAAGUCUACUAUGAACCCUGUCAUUUCAGCACAAGUUCAGGAAAAGCUAGAACUUACAGAGCAGGAGACCGAGUGUCUUUAUGCCAUUAAGAAUGAACUGCAUGUAGCUAUGAACUAUCUUCUGAAGGAUGAUGGAGUGCUAGUUCUUCCUACUAUUGCAAAUCCACCUCCCUUUCUCAAUAGCAAAGAGAUAAUGUCUGAAGACUACAAGAGAUAUAGUCUAUUGAGUUUAGCUAGCAUGUCCGGUUGCUGUCAGGUCACUAUUCCACUUGGAUUGUAUGACAAAUGCCCGGUUUCAGUGUCAUUUGUGGCAAGACAUGGAGGUGAUCGAUUUUUACUAGAUACGGUACAUGCCAUGUACGCCACAUUAAAAGAACAGGCUGAGAUAGCUAUUGAGCCCAAAUCAUCAACUAAAGUUGUCAGUGACGAAACAUCAGCUGACAUUGCCAAUGAAAAGGGGAAUGAAGCAGUCAAAGCAAAACAAUGGCAGAAAGCUGUCGGUUUUUAUACUGAAGCAAUCAAACUUAAUGGAAAUAAUGCAACAUACUAUAGUAACAGGGCUGCAGCUUAUCUUGAGAUUGGAAGCAUCAUUCAAGCUGAAGCAGAUUGCUCCAAAGCUAUCAACUUUGACAAGAAGAAUGUAAAGGCGUAUCUAAGAAGAGGCAUAGCUCGUGAAAUUCUUAGUUAUUACAAAGAAGCUAUUGAUGAUUUUAACUAUGUCCUUGUUCUGGAGCCAACAAACAAAAGAGCAUCUCUUUCUGCCAAUAGGUUAAAGAUGCUGUUCGGAAGCUAAUGUUCGAUUCAGGGAAUCUUUUGGGGGUUUAUUCGUGUGUGCGGUGAACUUUAAUAAAAAUAAAUAAAUAAAUAUUUCAGCAUGAAUUCAUGAAAUUUAGCUUGAAGUAGGAAUUAGUUUUGUAUUAGAAUCUUGAAAAGUUGAAUUGCAAAUGUAUUAUAAAUAA